UGCUUUCCACCUCAUUAGAAUCCUGACUGUUGAGGAAACAGCAGUCAGAUCACAAAGCAGAACAGAAGGAUGACGUUCAACACUGCUUUGAGUGUUGCUGGAGUCAUACUUCUCCACAUAGCAGGUUCCCUCUGCCAGCUAGAUGUAUGUGGUCGAGUCCCUGUCAGAAGCAGGAUUGUUGGAGGGGAGAAUGCAACGGCAGGGGCUUGGCCGUGGCAGGUCAGCAUUCAUGUCAUCGGCUUUGGCCAUAACUGCGGCGGGACUCUCAUCACUAAAGACUGGGUUUUAUCUGCAGCACACUGCUUCCAGUGGUUUAAUGAGUCUGACACUGUGAUGUUCUUCAGUCGUCUGAACCAAUUCGACUCAAACCCUUAUGAGACAAACAGGACAGCGAGUCGAAUCAUCAUCCAUCCUAACUACACUUAUUCUACUCUUGACAACGACAUAGCACUGGUCCAGCUCUCCUCCUCUGUGAAUAUCUCUGAUUACAUUCGGCCGGUCUGUCUGGCAGCGGCUGGUAGUGUAUUUGGUGCAGGUACGGAGAGCUGGGUCACUGGAUGGGGCAGACUACAACCUGGAGGCCAGCCAUCUGAUAUACUGCAGGAGGUGAUGGUACCAAUUGUGAACGACAGUGACUGUAUUAAUAUUUAUGGAGGGAUCAACAUAAGCAUCACAAACAAUAUGAUUUGUUCUGGAUUGUUAAAUCAGGGAGGAAAAGGUCCAUGUCAGGGAGACUCUGGAGGUCCAAUGGUCAGUAGGAAUGGCUCCCUGUGGAUUCAGUCCGGCGUUGUGAGUUUUGGCAUUGAAUGUGCUGACCCCACAUUUCCCACUGUGUUCGCAAGAGUUUCUCAGUACCAAGACUGGAUCAAGUCAUACAUGGACAGCGACACACCUGGAUUUGUUGAAUUCAGCUCUGUAAUUCAACAUUCAACUCCAACUCCAACUCCAACUACUCCAACUCCAACUAAAACUCCAACUCCAACUACUCCAACUCCAAAUAAUCCAACUCCAACUAAAACUCAAACUACUCCAACUAAAACUCAAACUACUCCAACUCCAAAUAAUCCAACUCCAACUGGAACUCCAACUACAACUAAAACUACAACUAAAACUACAACUGCAAAAUCUAACUCCAGCUUCGGAAGCGUACCCAACCUCCUCUUAUUCCCCUUUCUCUCACAUUCUCCAUCAUUCCUUUCACCUUCUCCCUCUUUCUCUCUUCCUAAAGAUGGUUUGAACAGUAAUUCUCAGGGUUCUUUGAAGAGGACAGUUCUGCUGUACAUGCUCUCAAAAACAGGUGAACAGAGAGGUUAAAUUGUUAUUUUUGUCAUUUAUUCUUGAAUUAUUAUUCUUGAAAAGUUCUCUUAACAUUAUAAGAGCAUAAUGAGAUUAGCCUUCUAAGAUUCAGGAUCUUUGCAUAAAUACUAGAUAUGGACUGAUAUUGAUUUAACGAUGACAAUCAUGUUUAUGUUUAUAUGUCUGAUAACCAAUAUAGGGACUGGAGCUCUGUGAUGUGAUCAUGGAGACUGGUUUUUGAAAAUCUAAUUAUCUUUAAUCAAUUACCAUGUUGUAGUCACACUUUCUAAACAGAAUAAACACAAAAGAAGAAACUGA